AUGGAACCACCCACCCCCACUAGAGACCACCCAUCACCGACCCACCUGGAACCACCCACCCCCACUAGAGACCACCCAUCACCGACCCACCUGGAACCACCCACCCCGACUAGAGACCACCCAUCACCGACCCACCUGGAACCACCCACCCCCACUAGAGACCACCCAUCACCGACCCACCUGGAACCACCCAUCCCGACUAGAGACCACCCAUCACCGACCCACAUGGAACCACCCACCCCCACUAGAGACCACCCAUCACCGACCCACCUGGAACCACCCACUCCCACUAGAGACCACACAUCACCGACCCACCUGGAACCACCCACCCCCACUAGAGACCACCCAUCACCGACCCACCUGGAACCACCCAUCCCGACUAGAGACCACCCAUCACCGACCCACAUGGAACCACCCACCCCCACUAGAGACCACCCAUCACCGACCCACCUGGAACCACCCACUCCCACUAGAGACCACCCAUCACCAACCCACCUGGAACCACCUACCCCGACUAGAAACCUUCCAUCACCGACCGACAUGGAACCACCCACCCCCACUAGAGACGUUCCAUCACCGGCCGACAUGGAACCACCCAUCCCCACUAGAGGCCACCCAUCACCGGCCCACCCAUCCUAG